GUCAUGGUAAUGCGCGCAGCAGAAGGAGACAAGCGCUUCGAAAGGGGGACAAAUCUAACCAAUAAAGGGUUUUAACGGGGAAUCUAUCGCUAAGGAUUCUGUCAUUCACUCUGCGAGAUGCGUCUCUCACGGAAACGCUGGACUAUUUGCACAAUAAGCAUCCUGGUAAUCUUCUACAAGACGAAAGAAAUAACUAGAAGUGAAGAACAUCAGGAAGCUCAAGGCACUGGUGAACUCGGCACUUCAAGACUUAUGGUCAAUAGUUCUGAGAAAAGCAGCAGGAGUGGUGUGCCUUCCUUUUUCCAGCACUCGGUCGAAGGAUGGCGGGUCAAUUCGUCACUAGUUCUCAUGAUAAGGAAGGAUGUCCUACGUUUCCUGGAUGCUGAGAGGGACGUUUCGGUUGUGAAGAGCAGUUUCAAACCAGGCGACACUAUCCACUACGUCCUCGACAGACGCCGGACGCUCAACGUCUCCCACACGCUUCACAGCCUACUACCGGACGUCUCUCCACUCAAAAACAAGCGCUUCAGAACGUGCGCGGUUGUGGGCAAUUCCGGUGUGCUUCUCAACAGCGGAUGUGGCAAAGAAAUCGACAGCCAUGACUUUGUGAUACGCUGUAACCUGCCGCCGCUGUCCGAGUUCGCCGAGGACGUUGGGCUCCGGUCCGACUUCACCACCAUGAACCCCUCUGUCAUCCAGAGGGCGUAUGGCGGCCUGAAGAACGCCACGGACACGGAGAGGUUCGUCCAGCGCCUGCGGGGGCUCAACGACAGCGUUCUGUGGAUCCCGGCCUUCAUGGUGAAGGGAGGAGAGAGGCACGUGGAGAGUGUCAACGAGCUAAUCGUCAAGAGGAAGCUGAGGGUGAGGACUGCCUACCCGUCACUGAGGCUCAUCCACGUGGUGAGAGGGUACUGGCUGACUAACAAGAUCAAUAUCAAACGGCCCAGCACCGGAUUGUUGAUGUACACUUUGGCCACGCGCUUCUGUGACGAGAUUCACUUGUAUGGAUUCUGGCCCUUUCCGCGGGACGCAAAUGGAAAUAUGGUGAAGUACCAUUACUACGACAUGCUCAAGUAUCGAUACUUCUCCAACGCAAGCCCUCACAGGAUGCCACUUGAGUUCAAAACGCUGAAAAUGCUGCACAGCAAAGGAGCUCUGAAGUUGACGACUUCGAAGUGCGAAUCUUAAAGUGCUCUUCCUCGACAGAGUGCCAGUUCGUGACAUACACUGACACUUUGUGUGCAUUGCUAGAAAGCACACAAGGCUGUAAGACUGCUGAGUUGAUUAUGAAUAAUUGCAAAAGUAGUAAGUAAAAGUGAGCGUGCCUUUUUUUUAAACUAACAAUGUAAAGGUACAAAACCAAGAAUGUAAUUGAAAAAUGAUUAGUCUAUCUAAAUGUCAGGUUUGGCAUUGUAAGCAUCAUGGCUGAGAAAUCAGGAAAUCAAUCCUUUGGAUGGAGCAUCAGAGACAACCAGAUUGAUUACAAUACCAUGGAUUUCUACAUUGGUCAUGACAGCAGUUGUCUAGUAGACAAAGCACAGAGACCAACUGUUAAAAGCAGCGUUGGACGCGGUGUGUUAGCGAUUAUCUGCUGGCUGUCGACCAAUGUGGGGAUUCAACAUGCGGAAUCGUCAGAAAAUGACAGUCCAAGGGGAUAUUCUGGUCAGAGGCAAUAGGAUGGCCCCCAGCAAACAUUAACCCCAUUGGCCCCAUGUGGGUGUUCGAUGGGCAAGCCCACAUCUGCCCGAAACGGGCUAGCCCACAACGAGUCCAACACAGGCUACCCCACACCAAGCCCACAUCAGCUCAACACUGGCCAGCCCAACGUAGGGCUUUCCCACACCAGCCCAACGCAGGACUAGCCCAUACCAGUCCACCUGAUCUUGGACACUGCCAAUGAGGAAGUUUUAAUAUAAAAACUUAAAUGAGUGACAUGAGAAACUUGUGUUUCUGAUGUAAUGUAGCAAGUUCCCUAAAUACCUUUUUAAGGCUUGAAAAUUAUCAAAUGUAUGCAUUGAGUUGAAUUGUAAUAAAUAUAUAAUACAUAAAUAAAAAAACAUUUAAAUUAUAGAAUAAACUGAUAAAUUGGCAUAGGACCAAUACCAUGAGCUCAUAAUGGGCAGCUGAUCCAAAGGGAAUGCUUAUUUCAGGCUAAGUGAGGGUUGCCUUCACCAGAUAUGGUCUGCCCGUAAUGGGCCACACUGGGCCAAUGCCUUGGGAGCCUGCAAAGGUGUAUCGGCCCAAUGUGGGCAGCCAACAUGGGGCCAAAAUUUUUGCCCACAUCAUGCCAAUGUGGACAUGUUCGCUGGGCCACCGCUGGUUCCAACCGUUGUCGUCGUCAUGGCGUGUUUUGUCAGUAGGAAAAAGCAGAGAAUACAGGUUAUGCUCAGUAAAUUAGAUUUUGGGAUAUAAAAAAUAUUUAAAAAAGAAUGUGCCCAGGGAAGUUGAUUCCAAAGAUCCCAUGCCAAUUUAUUUGCCCUCACUACAAAACAAGGUUACGUUCUUCACAGCUGAACUUUCUAGGAAUUAGAAGCCUCAGGGCAAAAUUAUUUUUAUAUUUGUCUAGAUGUCAGAUUAAUUUAUACAUUUUAAAUAUGUAUGCUGUUUCUAAGUGAUUCAUCUCAUGUUAUCUGAACACACCUUUUGUAAACUUGCAUGUUAAAGGGGAAUGGGAACGUACCUCAAGUUAGGCCUUUUUAGACAAAUGUUAUUCAUUUGUAUGCAUUAUUGGACUGUAUACAACAGGUGGGUCUCAUCCUGAAUGCUGAUUGAUUGAAACCGCAUUUCAGUUGGUGUCUUUUCCACAAAUUAUCACCGGCUAAAUCUAUGACGUUAAAAUGCCUAUUUAUUCUGUUCCAUCUGACUGCGCAAUUCACUCUCUCAUCAGCCCAGCCAGGCAAUUUAUAAACUUGAUCUCCACUAUAAAAAGCAUCUAGACAUUGUCUCACAUUUCUUGUAGACUAACAUUUAGUUUUCAACAAAGGCAAUUUGUAUAAACCUCGCUGUCUGUCUCUUCGACAUUUGCAACAUUGUUUCAGUAUUCAAAUUCGAUCUCCAGCUGUCCAAAAGUAGUCAGUUGAAGACAGACAGGCAGCGUUUCUCAGCCAGUCGAUAUCUUGAAUCAGCUGGCAUAAUUUUCAUGGAUUUAUAUACAAAGAAAUAUAAUUUAAAAAAGGUCAAACGAAAGGAAGUGCAGCUAGUUUGCAGUCUUUCCAGCUUCUGUUUGAAGUGAUAAGUGAUUCUGUUAGCUGUGUUGUUGGCUAGCUCCUCUGAACAACAGUGUCCUGACAAGUGAGCACAUUUUCUAUCCCAGGCAAAAUCGCUCCUCAUUUGCUCAUCGUUAUGGAUGUAUCCAAAUAAAUGUCACUAGAAAACAGUUAAACAAAUGCAAAUGAAGCCACUUUGCUGUUAUUCUGGCUGCACUUUUUGACGUGACUGUAUGUUAGCCGUUGUUGGCUAGCUAGCAAGCAAGGUAUAAGAACAUUACCAGCCAGUAUGGCAAUGGAACAUUUAGAACGAUUGUCCAUAGAUAGAGAACAAAAAGACUGAACGACUGGGUCGCGUCUCUGGCAACCGAUAGAACGAAUAACCAGCCGGCCUGGGUAGCAACCCCAAGAUUUGUGUCGGGACUAUAUCUUGUAAAAGGAUGAAAUAGUAUGAAUAAAUCAAUCAAAAUAAUGUUUUUAAUGAAAAUAUGUUAAAUCAUUAUUUGAAUAUGUUGGUAACCUGUUGUAUAAAAGUGAUAAUGCCCUCGAAACCGGUGUUUGGAGGAUAUAUUGAAGAAGUCUCGGGCGUAACAGCACCCGUGCCAAUAUAUCCUCCAAACACGGGCUUCUCUGACAUUAUCACUUAAGCAAAGUAUUGCACCUUGCGGUAGGGUGGAUUGUGAGGUUACAAAGCGAUGGCAGAGCCUCUACAGAGGACCCCCGGGGGAGUAUAAAUAGCCACUGACUGAUUCAUCUGCUCCAGUUCAUUAAACGUUACCAUUCCCCUUUAAACAGCUGAAUGUAAACACAGCCUAAUACCAUUGGAAUUAAUUGGUCUAUGUAGCCACUGCAAAUCUAAAAAUGUAUAAGAAAAAAAGCCGACAGGAAAGAUGUGGAGGUAUGGAGUUUUAUGUAAGCCUAUGAAUUAUUCAUUAGCAAUCAGAUCUUUCUGUGAUUGUUCUUAGUAACAGGAUUCAACAUCAGUCUGUUUCACUGUUGAAUCUCUUUCAUAUCUCACACAGAAGUACCUCUUAGAUAUUUGAUAUAUUUGAACUGCUGCAUGCUCAUGCUAUCCUGUAGUAACUUCAACUUCCUGUAUUUACAUAAUGUCAAGACAACUACCCUUUUCCAGUUUAUUUGAUAGGCUUGAAUGUAAAUGCAUUUAUCUCACAAUAUGGAUGAUGUCAUGCAACUGCUAACGAAUGUUAAAAAAGAUCUGCCUCGAGGAGACAUUGUAUGCUGAAGGAAUUCUUAAUGACAUUUUCUUUACAUACCAAUUUAAUUUUUUUUGUUUUUUUACUCUCAGUAUUAAGAAAGUCCAGUUGCUUACAGCUAAAAGAUUGUAUGUAUCUAAGGGGCCUAUAUAUGAAAGUCUGGGACCGUGUUCAUAAAUCUUCCCACAGAAGUCGUGCUUGUCUGGGACCAUGUCCUCUCUGUCCAUGUAAUGUUAUUCUGAUCUAAAAGUAAAUACUGAUCCUAGAUCAGCACUCCUACUCUGAGCUGCUUUAUGAAUAGAGGCCCUGGACACCAGUGGAGACUGGAGCCCAUCCUCCUAACUUCUCCUUCCACCAGCCUCCACUGUAAGACACCAACUUCUGGUAUAUGGUGGCAUAAAUGAUGUAAAAUGUCCAAAAACGUUGCUUUGUAAUGAAUAAUACUGAUGUAAUUGGGUAUGUGGCAGGUCAUUUGUAAAUGAAACACUGUCAAUGACAAUGAGAUUAUGGAAAUGUACAUACAUGGUAACAUUGAAUAAGGAAAACAAUGAACGUUAAUUAAUAUAUGGUAGGCUAACCAUUAUAACGAGACAUAAGGUUGAAUAACUUUCUUCAAUACUGCCACAAGCCUUUGAAAUGACUGAAAUUGUUACGCCUCGUUUGCUUUGUUACACCGUGUGUCUGUUUUUGACUGUUCAUAACUCUGUAAUUUAUACAAUUCUUGUUUGAUGUUUAAUAUGUAACACCUGAAGUUUGAGUCAAUCCGAUCAGGUGCUGAAUGUCGUGGUAGAUUUUCAUCCUUUUUGGUAAAAUUUGAUACCAUUUGUUUUACAGCUUCUUUUUUAUGUCAGUUUUCUAUGUUUGUGAAAAUGCAUUUUAGAAAAGUUAAUAAACUUGUAAAUUGAA